AUGAUUACCAUCAAGCAAACUUACUCUCAAUUUAGAAGACUAGAUCUAUUCGGAAUGGAUGUGAGAUUAUUAGCUCAAGGCUAAUAAUCCUACCGAACAAAUCUAGGAGCAUUUAUGACAUUAUUUCUAUUCAGUCUGCUUGCCUAUUCAUGCAAUUCCUUCAUCCUGGAAAUGAAUAAGGGGAAAAACGCGAUUCUUAAUUAAAAAGAGUCUCCUCUACUUCAAAAUGAAGUAACCACAUUUUUAAAACAAUUUUAGGGGUUUAGUUUUAAUUCGUCAUAAUUCAUCUACGCAAUCGGAAUGGUUGACAGCUUAGGUUAAUACGUUCCUAAUGAGAACAACCGCAUCUUUCAGGUGAGUUUUUAUUAUUGCAAAAAAUCUUUAGUAGAGACUGCUUGCGAGGUUUUCCCUGCUGUGAUUUGUGGCAGUCGCAUAGCUGAAGCAGCCAAAGUACUCAAUUAUCUACCCAUUAGCAAAUGAAUGUUCCUGAAGACUACCAAUACAUUACCUAUUGUCCUGAUGAUCACUUUACAGAGACUUACCAAGACAUAAGGUUUUAAGGAUCCCAAAGAAUGGAUAAUCUCACCCUUUUGGGGGCCUACAUUCAAAAGUGCACGAACUCAACAGAAACACAAAGUUUUAUAUUUGAAAAUUAAGAUAGAUUGUGCACCAGAAGAAGAAAUUACAAGUUCCUUGUCGAAUGCUAAUCUAUUUUAUUCGUAUUCCUUCUACCAGUUCAACAAAGAAUUGGAUCAUUAUCCAUAUGAAAAAGUGCAAAAUCUAGAUGUGACUCCUAUCUACCCCAACAUACGCAAAUAUAUCAAAGUCUUUUAUCAAUACUCUGUUACCACUUCAGAGUACAACCCCUUUUAUUUCUUCCCUUCCACCAAAGACUAAGAUGCUGUCGAGUAUUAAUAAACUACAAUUGACACAUUUUUAGACUAUAAUAAAGAUAAUACUUUUGCAUAAAUUGAACUCACGUUGAAUGUUAAGAAAAGACUUAAUUAUGUGACCUAUCAAACUCUUAUGGAUGUAGCUGCCAAAAUUGGAGGCUUCUUCACAAUCCUUAAAGCUCUCUUUUACCUACUGCUCUACCCAAUCUAAGUGAUCGUCUAUCGACUUUAUCUAAUCAAUAGUCUUAUUAAUCAAUAGUAAACAUUCACCACCUUAGAAAACCUAGAAUAGAAAGAUAUGCAAACCAAAUACACAAAGGUAAGAAUAAGGGACCUCAUAAGACAUUCUCGAGCAAGAUCAAUCUAUUUUAACUAUUUAAAAAAAGUAGAACGACUCCUAGAUAUUACUGAAGUUCUAUCUAAUCCUUUACGAUUGACAAGGUAGGUUGAAGACAUCUAGGGGUCUAUACGGAAAUUUGAUCCUGCAAAAAAUUAAUUUUAAGUUAGAGUUGCUUUAGAUGAAAUAAUUGCCAAUCAGGAUAAGAAUGAUAUCUAAAGUCCGAGAUCAGUUAAUCAGGAGCUUAAACCUGUGAUUAGAUAGUCGAUAUUUUUAAACAGACUUCAGCCAAAAUGA